AAAUGAGUCCGUUUUUUUUUACGGGCGGUUCGAAGUCUCGCAAUUACAUUAUGUUUUAAUGAAGACAUCGCGUUUUUCGAAUAUUCCAUUUCACCGAAUCGGAUAAUUAUUUUUCCAGAUAUGUAGAUACUUUUUCUGAGAGCAGAGAGAAGGGAAACGGCGUUCCAGAUCCAGCUGUCAUAUGUGUUUAUUUCCAGAGAGUCAACGUGCCCUUCUCCCCUCUUAUCUACGGACUGUGCUGCGCCAUUGAAAUUCUGCACGCCAGGCACAAUUUGCCGUGCUUUGGCUUGAAGUUCACAAAAUUGUGACUAACUGAAAUGUCUCUUGACAGCGUUCUUUUAGUUUAAUUUAGAUAGCUAGCUGUUAGCUACCUCCACAUACUGCAGUGUCGCGUGGAGCGCGCGUCGUGGACGUCGUCUAGAAAGUUUCCUUGCAUUUUAGUUGAGUGGCACGCUUGCAGUUUGGCUGUAGUUUCGACUUUCUUUUCGUACUUGUUGGUUAGGCACGGUCUUUGCAAUGGGGUUGUCAUUCGUAAAUAACAUUUUAUACUUUGUUGUGGUCUCAUGUUAAUAGUUUUUUUACUCACUCAGUCGUGUGUUAUAACUAGCAAUUAUUGACAAACGUUAGGAAAGUUAACGUUUUGAAAGGUAGUUACGUAACGUUAGCUAGCUGCCAUCAUUGUGUGGACGAGUUUGGCGAAAAUUGCUAAAGCGAAGUAACGUUGCAAGUAAUCGAACAAACUUUUAAAACUGUUUUUUAUUUUUAAGUUCGCUUGUUUACUUGAUAAGUUUGUUAUCUCUAAAUUGGUUCGAUAGGCAGACCGACGUGCGCAGCCUUGUUUUUGACAGAUUUUUAGAGUUCAGUCCUGUCUGUCUUUAGAGGGGCGUUUACGGUGGUGUCAAACUAGCUGCCCGGCCUCAGCUUGCUAAUGUGCACAAGCUAAUCUGUAACUACUGUAGCUAACGUUAGCUAUGAUAUUAUGUAACGGUCAAUGAUUCUUCUAACGUUAUUGUACUGCAUCAUAGCAAGCUGCUGGUACUGUCAAUGCUGAUAUCCUUUUUGAAUUUAUAGCGAAUUAAUUUUUUCUCUUGUUUACUGUCUGAUUACAUCUAGCUAGCAAGCUGAAUUCGGUGCAUUGCUAGCAAACAUACAGUACAUGGCUAACUUGACGGCAGCUACAUUUUUUACGUUUGGACACCCCCAGAUAUUUAGACUUACUAGAUUGUUAAGUGAUCAGGGGAAUAACAGCGCACGAGAUGGCUAUGUAAAGGCGUUUUAACCAGCAAACGUUCGCUAUAUUUUCGUCUCGCGAGGAAAGUAGCAAGCCAUUCAGCUAACGUUGCACGAGGAAUAUUGGCUGUGAAGACUGGAAACCAGAGAUCUCAGAAUUCCAGCAAACUCGAACUGGAGAUGAACUAGCUUGGAAAACAACAAUUUUUGAUACAGCAGGAUCAAGAAAUGGAUCCAGGUGGACUGAAACACAGCAAUAACCAGGACAAGGGCUUGGCUUUUGGUAAACUCUCUGAGAGCUGUGUAGAGGGAAGCUUCUCGGGUGAAGCAGGCGGUUCCAAGUCCACCACAUCAACCUCCCUGAUGCAUCUGCCUGGCCCCAGAACCCAGCCUCCAGCCAGAGACUCCUCCAACGGACUGAAUGUCACUAAGACUCAGGGGGAGCUCUCCGCACCAGGGACAGCCUCCAUGGGACUCACUAUAGAGGAGGCUGAAGUGAAGGUAAUGGAGAAGGCCCUGAGAAUGCAGCUGCCACAGAAACCGCAGCAGAACCAACAGCUGUUUGAAAACUUUGCUCUGUUGGAGGCGAGUAUUGCAGAUUUGAAUCGAUCCAACACCCCAGGAAGCUCUGUACUUGGACGCCCUCAUGACCUUUUCUCUCUGAAAGCUGAGAACUUCUCACCCAUGGAUAAGGACAGGCUUGACAUGGGGUCAGUCAGCUUUGGACAGUCACAGACGGACUUGGAUGUCAACGAGAGGCUCCUUGGCGACAAUACGCUGGACAUUCUGCGGGAUUUGGACUUGCCUGGCUCUCUGUCUGAUCUGAAUGAGUUUUACGUGGCUGAUGAGGCUGCUUUCCUUUCCUCCCUGUCAGUGGAGGAUUCCCUGCUCGAGGACGGCAACAUGGAAACCAAGCCCAUAGACCGUAGCAAUGGGGGAAACUGUACAAAUGUGGACAGCGCGGACCAGCAACAGCAGCUUCUGGAGCCAGGCAUCUCCAUGCCUGUCAUCAAGACGGAGGAGGACGCUGACACCUCCUUCAUCCAGCUUUGCACCCCAGGGGUCAUCAAGCAAGAGAAUGAUCGUCGGAGCUAUUGUCAGCUAUCCAGCCUGGACAUGCCUGGUACCCACAACUCUGUUGGCUCCAUGAUCGGGCCGAAUUACCACUACGGAGCAAACACCUCGACAGCAGUGAGUCUACAGCAGGAUCAGAAGCCUGUCUUUGGCCUGUAUCCCCCACUGCCCUCGGUCAGUGACAGCUGGAACAGAGGCAACGGAUACGGGGAUGGAUCAGGGAUGUCGAGCUCAUCUUUUCCUGUCAGCUUCAGCAGUCCAACGGCCAGACCCGAGGCCAGCGGCUCCACGUCGUCAGCCCCUGCCAAGCCCAGCGGUCCAACCCAUAAGAUCUGCCUGGUGUGUUCGGACGAGGCGUCUGGUUGCCAUUAUGGAGUCCUCACCUGCGGAAGCUGCAAGGUCUUCUUCAAGAGGGCCGUUGAAGGAUGGAGAGCACGACAAAACACAGAUGGACAACACAACUAUCUGUGUGCUGGGAGGAACGACUGCAUCAUAGACAAGAUCCGCAGGAAGAACUGCCCGGCAUGCCGCUUCCGCAAGUGUCUCCAAGCAGGGAUGAAUCUGGAAGCGAGGAAAAACAAGAAGCUGAUCCGAUUAAAAGGUCAGCAGACCACAAUGGAGCCGAGCCCUCCCCCACCUGACGAGAGGGCCUGCGCCCUGAUCCCCAAGUCCAUGCCCCAGCUGGUGCCCACCAUGUUGUCCCUGCUCAAAGCCAUCGAGCCCGAGGCUAUUUACUCUGGUUACGACAGCACCAUUCCCGACACCUCCACCCGCCUCAUGACCACCCUCAACAGGCUGGGCGGACAGCAGGUCGUCUCAGCCGUCAAGUGGGCCAAGUCCCUACCAGGGUUCCGGAACCUUCACCUGGACGACCAGAUGACCCUGCUGCAGUGCUCCUGGCUGUUCCUCAUGUCCUUCGGCCUGGGCUGGCGCUCCUACCAGCAGUGUAACGGGGGAAUGUUGUGCUUCGCCCCUGACCUGGUUAUUAAUGAUGAGAGGAUGAAGCUGCCCUACAUGACUGACCAGUGUGAGCAGAUGCUGAAGAUCUCCACGGAGUUUGUGAGGCUGCAGGUGUCCUACGACGAGUACCUGUGUAUGAAAGUCCUGCUGCUGCUCAGUACAGUACCAAAGGAUGGAUUGAAGAGCCAGGUUGUGUUUGAUGAGAUCCGCAUGGCCUACAUCAAGGAGCUGGGGAAGGCCAUUGUCAAGCGGGAAGAGAACUCCAGCCAGAACUGGCAGAGGUUCUACCAACUUACUAAGCUACUGGACUCCAUGCAGGAGAUAGUGGGGGGCCUCCUGCAGAUCUGUUUCUACACAUUUGUGAAUAAAUCCCUGAGCGUGGAGUUCCCGGAGAUGCUGGCCGAGAUCAUCAGCAACCAGUUACCAAAAUUCAAAGAUGGGAGCGUCAAGCCACUUCUGUUUCAUGCCUUAAACCAUGACACAAUGCCUUAAAAUCCCAGCCUCCCCUCCCUCACACCCGCCCGCCAGCCAGCCCCGCCGGUUUUCCCUGCAGAUGACCCAGGACCCCCACCAGUAUGGAUUAAUGUAGUGAGAGUGUGCACCUGAAUCGGUCCCCAGAGGACUCCGGUGGAGAGAGGGAGAACUUCCAAAAGAGAGUGAGAAUGACACUUUGAGAGUGAGCAACAGGGUACAAACUAGACUGAACCUUCUGAAUCAAACAAGGACUGUACUUUUUCUGGAAUCGUGUUUAGACUGUGAAUCACUUCAAAACACUUGAUUAUUGUGAGAUUGGAGGAAUAAAAUUUUACAAACGAAAAGAGAAAGGAAUAUUUUCAAUAGAUUUUAUGCAUGCACACACCACUCAUUGUUUUUUACACAAGAUUAUCAGAGAAGGGAAAACGUGCCUUUUUUUGUUUAGCUUUGCAGGCUCUCUAUAGCCAUUCUUCUCAAACUGUCAAAAGCAAGUAUUUUGCAUAGGAAUCUAAUAUAAACACCUUUGUAUGCAUUUCUAUCUGUUAUUCACACUGCCAGUUUCUGUUCUCUUAGCAGCCAUGUUUCGUUUCUCAAGUGGGCAGCUCAACGAUCCCCAGAAGUGAACUAGCGAGAGUGAGCUCCUUACAUAAGGUAAUGAAAUCCAACAUAAUGUCCAAUUUCAUUCUCUGCAACCUUUCAGUAGUUGUUAUACUCAAAAGCAUCAAUAAUGCUUUUUGUGGUAUUAAUGAUUCUUAAGGAUAAUUUAUCCUACAGUCAUCAUGAUAGGUUCCUGCCCAUGUCUGAGCUUAUGUCGCAUACAGAACGUCAUAAAUUCAACAGUGGAGAAAAAAAAGAUUCACAUUUGUUAUAGGUGAAACAUCAGAUCAACAUGUAUGGUGUAAUAGGUUAAGUCUUCAUGUUAAAGGGAGGACUCACUUCAUAUUAACACCGUCCUUGAUUUGCGAGCUAAAUGAAAAUGCCAGCGUUGGUCUAGGGAGAUGGGAUUGGGGUUUGCAGCAGUGGCUAAUGAUGAUAUGAUUGUCUGUGUGUAUCUGUGAGUAUAUGUGAGUAUCUGUGUGUCUGUGAGUGAAAAGGAUAGAAAGUAAUGACCUGAACAAGUUUGUUUGUUCAUAUGAUAUGAAAACGUAUGUAUUUAUUUCAAAAUCGUCACAACCCUAUUUUUCAAGAUCUGUCAAGCAGAAUUUUAGAGAGCAUACGCACAGUCACUAUUCUCUGGGAGUUGCAAACAAAUGAUGUUAAAUGUCACAAGCUCUUAAGUUUGGCCCCUUUUACAGUCACCUGUAUGUAUUAUUCUAGUGCCAAACCGCAUAUUCUUUGUUAAUUUUUAUUCAUAAUAUGAAAUGGAAAGAAAGCAGAACUGUCAUUGUUUUCUGUCCUCCCAUUAUUCUAUGCUUCAGGGUGCUCAUUUAUAAAAAGACUAUUGGGUAAAAAUGUUAAGUACACCAGCUAAUGAGGAAUACAAGUAUUGAUUGUUAUUCACAAGAACAUGUAGAUGUUUUCAAGCCAUUUUGUAUACUUGUACUCUGAGACUCUUGAAGUUGCAAUGGUAUUUUGUAAUGCUAUCAAAGUAUGGUGACCAGCACAUUGCCCUGUGAAAAGGGAGUUCCCCCGUCCCUGCUAGAAGUCAUUCUCUCAUUUGAGGUACUCACCACACACAUCAGCUUAUGCCAUGUAAAAGCCAUAAAACGACAUACAAGUAAAAUGGCUUUUGGAGUCAAGUGCAGAAACAUUGCUAAAAGGCUUGCUACUUGCGCUCAGAAUUGUUUCAUUCUCACUUCUUAGCUCCUUCUUCGUAAUCAUUAGGCCAGGUUAGUUAAACAAAAUGGCAGCCAUGUGGGCUAACUACUUCAUGUAGUCAUCCUUUCAGUUAGACUGAUGGAAUGACCACGUGAGAUGAAUCCCCUGGUGCUGCUCUCUGCAGAUUGACAUAUUUUGGUUUACUUUCACAUUGUGUUAGUGGACUGUCUCUGUUCUGGUCUUCAAUUGGUCAAACCAGCUUGAUCAUAUCCUAAUGAUCACUGCAUUGCCGUAGAUGUACAUAGGGUAACAUAUCCCCUGAAAUUGAAGCAGUGUUGAUUAAUACAUGUUUCAUGACAACUUUUGACAGAAUACCUGUAUAUUCCUAUACUAAUUAGUUUUUUUUCAAACUGAAGUUUCACUUAAGGCCCUGCGAAAGGGAGACAGAGAGCCAUACAAAAAUGUGGGUUUAAAUUCAGGAAAACUUAACUGUCAAUGCUUUUGAAAAUUGAUUUAUUUUAAAACAACAAUAUUUUCAGUAAUUUUGAAUAUCAGUUUGAUCCUCUUUGAUAUGAAUAAUUGUACUGUCUUUUUGUACAUUUGAUGAGUAAGACGGUAAUUGUUUUAUUUUUCUGUUUGUUGGUUUGUGUUUGACAAAGAUAAAUGUAUUGCAUAUGUACUUAGAAAGUGUUAAAAUAUGUUGUCUGACUAAAUAUAAAUUCUAUAAAUCAAUGGGAAAGAUUAUAUGAAAGACCACUUUGUUUUAGAAAAUCUAAAAAUAUGGGUUUUGGGAGGGGAUGAAGGACUGGAGUAUAUUUUGUAUAGUGCAACGGAGUUGCCAAAGCAGAGAACAGAAGUAUUCAAGCAGCCAGUUACAUUUACAGUAGCACUUAUUAUCCAAUUAUAGUACCUAUUUUAAAAUAUAUUUUGUAAUGGUCUAGGCUUUGGUCUCUUGUAUAUUGCUGUGAGGAUUAACCAGUCAUUUAAAAAUACAUUUUAAAAAAGGUAAAAACUGUGUGUGAAAGUAAUCUACCAGAGAAUUUGCACUCCCACGUUUCAUAAUGAAUAGGAAAUGAGGUAGGUCUGUACUCAGUCUUUGCAGUGAAACAAAGGAAAUGAUAGUCUUUCACUGCAAACACUAAGUACUGACCUGCCUCAUUUCCCAUUGAUUUCAGAUUGAUAUUUUGGUCUACGCACCACAAACAGCAAAAAUCUACAACUAUUUGUUAAUUCACUACCUCAUCUCAACGUCCUACUGGUUGAGAGAGUCUAUUUUUUGUAUAAAAUACAUGCAAAUAUUAUCUUUAAAGAUUAAGGGCAGAUCAUAUUUCACUGGUAUAUGGCUUUCAUUAAGGUCUGUUUUGUUUGUAUUUCAGUUCUGUACAUGUAAUCCAAAUGUAAAGAAUAUACAUUGUCUAUUUGUUUAAAAAAUAGUUUGUAUUACCGCUGUAUUACCCCUCUUCUGUAGUCAAUGUCAAUAUCUUCACCUAUUUGAUUAAAUGUUGGACUAAAAUGUCUGUAGUUCUUUGGUUGGGUGCUCUAGUUUCACUUCAUGACCUCCUAGAUCAGGGCUGUCUAACCCUGUUCCUGGAGAGCUCACCCUCCUGUAGGUUUUCACUCCAACCCCAGUUGGAACCAACCUGAUUCAG